GGUAAAGAUACCCUUUUAAUGAUAAUUACUAUUUAUUAAUCAGAGUGGAGGGAACAACUUACAUUGAUUUCAUCAGCUGCAAAAGAAACUGAAACUGUUGAAUUCAGAAAUAAAGAUGAUAAAAUGAAUAAACCAACAGCAGAAUCUGUUUUUAUUGCUCGUUAUGACUAUCAUGCAAUGGAGAGUAAUGACAUAUCAUUCAGUGAGGGAGAGCAGCUGGAGAUAUUUGAGAAGGAGAAUAUUUUUUGGUGGAAAGGAAGAUCCUUAGUGUCUGGUGAUGUGGGAUACAUUCCUAGUAGUUGUGUUUACUCAAUGUUGGAGUCACUUCAAUUGUUAGAGUUUAUACUGUCAGUGGAAGAAUUUUCCCUUCCUAUUCUAAAGAAGAUAAAGAAUGAUUCAUCAUCUAGUAAUGAUGAGAAAGCCUCUCUUUUCUUGGAGACUGUUAAUGAUGAUCCUAUUAUGAUACCUGCACUGAGACAAGAAAAGGGACAACAUGAUGAAGGAGGCACUGGGAAUGUGAACUGGUACAGUGACUGGAUAUCCCUUUGCUCUCCAUCUCCAGUUCAGUGUACCCAGGAAAAAAAUCUUACGUAAGAUCUUACUUAAGAUCUUACCGAAACAUAUUAAGAUCUUGCAUGCUUAGUCAUGCCUGUUCUUGCCAGAUUAUUAGACAAGAAGUUCCAAAUUCUUGCUAAGAUCUUGUAAGCAAUCUUACAAGUAAUCAUGCAAGAUCAGGCACAAUCUUUAUAAGAUCCACAACUAGAUCAUUCACAUCAUUCUGAUAAUCUUAUCUGAUCUUGUCAUAUCAGGCACUAAACCUGACAAGAUCAGCCAAGAUCAGGUAAUAAUGUAAGCAUGUUCUGACAAGAUCAGGUAAUAAUCUUUGCAUGUUCUGACAAGAUCAGGUAAUAAUCCAUGCAUGUUCUGACAAGAUCAGGUAAUAAUCUUUGCAUGUUCUGACAAGAUCAGGUAAUAAUCUAUGCAUGUUCUGACAAGAUCAGGUAAUAAUAUAAGCAUGUUCUGACAAGAUCAGGUAAUAAUCCAUGCAUGUUCUGACAAGAUCAGGUAAUAAUCCAUGCAUGUUCUGACAAGAUCAGGUAAUAAUCCAUGCAUGUUCUGACAAGAUCAGGUAAUAAUCCAUGCAUGUUCUGACAAGAUCAGGUGAUAAUAUAAGCAUGUUCUGACAAGAUCAGGUAAUAAUCCAUGCAUGUUCUGACAAGAUCAGGUAAUAAUCCAUGCAUGUUCUGACAAGAUCAGGUAAUAAUGUAAGCAUGUUCUGACAAGAUCAGGUAAUAAUCCAUGCAUGUUCUGACAAGAUCAGGUAAUAAUCUUUGCAUGUUCUGACAAGAUCAGGUAAUAAUGUAAGCAU